GUCACAGAAAAGGAAAUUAGAAACUGCUUCAACGGUUCCCGGACCUUAUCCCUUCCUGAGGCGCAUUUCGAUCAGUCAUGGCGUCACUCAUGCUGGGAGCUCUUCCCAUGGCCUCUCAAUCUUUCAACCUUUCGUCUCGAGUCUCGUUUUCUCCAACAAAAAAUCUCAGUGUAGCGCUCUCCACUCCUACUACCGUUUCAGCUUCUCCUCAAACACUUCCCAUAGUGUACUGUGGUAGGGGUGACAGGAAGACUGCGAAGGGGAAGAGAUUCAAUCAUUCCUUUGGAAAUGCGAGGCCUCGGAACAAGAAGAAGGGAAGAGGUCCUCCUAGGGUUCCGAUUCCUCCUUCUCCACCUAAGAAAGAUCGUUUUGACGACAAUGAGGUUGUUAAGAUUGAGAUUGACGAAUCUCUAUUCUAGUUUGGGAGCCAUCUGUUAUCUCUGUUAAUUGGAAAUACACUUCUCUUGUGAUGAACUUUACUCUCUUAAAUUGUCAAAAUUCCUAUCUGAAAGCUUUUAUAAUAUUCUGAUUUUGAGAUUUAUGCA